UCGAUAAACUCACCCAUCACAGAAACUCGUUAGAAACUAAAAAAAAAAAAAUAUUUGGGGAAACAAAACAAAACAAAGGCGAAAACUUUUUGGUCUGAAGAUCGAGAAAAGAUUUCGAAAUCAAAUUUGGUUUUCUGGGCUAUCGAUUUAUGUCCGAAAGAUUGAAACUUUUGUAAGAUAAAAAGAUCGAUUGGUGUUGUUAAGUUUCGAUCGCGUGGGGUCUUUGUAAUGACGCAGCAAGGGCAGGGAAGCAUGGACCCUGCCGUUCUCGACGACAUCAUUCGUCGUUUGUUGGAUUACAGAAACCCUAAGCCUGGAACCAAACAGGUCAUGCUCAACGAGUCUGAGAUCCGACAGCUUUGCAGCGUGUCUAGAGAGAUUUUUCUCCAACAGCCUAACCUCCUUGAGCUCGAGGCUCCAAUUAAGAUCUGUGGUGAUAUUCAUGGACAGUACUCAGAUCUACUGAGGCUAUUUGAGUACGGAGGCUUACCUCCUGCAGCUAACUAUCUAUUCCUAGGAGAUUACGUGGACCGCGGGAAGCAGAGCCUAGAAACAAUCUGUCUUCUCCUUGCCUACAAGAUCAAAUACCCUGAGAACUUCUUCCUCCUAAGAGGCAACCACGAAUGCGCUUCCAUCAACCGAAUCUACGGAUUCUACGAUGAAUGUAAACGCAGGUUCAGUGUCAGACUCUGGAAAGUGUUUACAGAUUCUUUCAACUGCCUCCCUGUAGCUGCUGUUAUAGACGAUAAGAUAUUGUGUAUGCACGGUGGCCUUUCUCCCGAUUUGACCAGCGUGGAACAGAUUAAGAACAUUAAGCGACCUACUGAUGUUCCGGACUCCGGUUUGCUAUGUGAUCUGCUUUGGUCUGAUCCGAGUAAAGAUGUGAAAGGCUGGGGGAUGAAUGACCGUGGGGUUUCUUACACGUUUGGACCUGAUAAAGUUGCUGAGUUUUUGAUAAAGAAUGAUAUGGAUCUCAUCUGUCGUGCUCACCAGGUUGUAGAGGAUGGUUAUGAGUUCUUUGCGGAUAGACAGCUUGUUACUAUAUUUUCAGCUCCUAAUUACUGUGGUGAAUUCGAUAAUGCUGGUGCUAUGAUGAGUGUUGAUGAGAGUUUAAUGUGCUCUUUUCAAAUUCUUAAGCCUGCGGAUCGGAGGCCUCGGUUCUUAUGAGAUUAUGACACUUGCUCAGAUUUUGCGAAGUUUUGAACUUUAUGAAUCUGAGAUUUGAGCUUCUAUGUCAGAUUCAUUCACUUACAGAAGGGUUCUUUCAUGUUGCAUUUUUCAGUUAGAGCCUCGCUGGAAAGAAGACGAAAUUGGCGAGAUGAAAACGGGAGAGAGAGAGAGAGACAUUUGAAACUCCCGGAGACUUUGUCCUGAGGCCUUUGCAAGAAGGCAGGAAAAAAAAACACAUUGUUACAUGUUAUAUCAUAUAAUCUUAUUUGAACUCUUGUAAUUUCUUUUCUCAAGACUUUAUGUUCUUAUGGUCUUCU